AUAGACCGAGAUUUGUCUAUGGUGUGAGUCAAAGAAAGGCGAAGCUAAACAAAAGGGUAGCAUGUAGAUAGCAUUUACUAAAAUAUUAGUAAAUUAAUCUUAUUUACUAACUAAGAAUAGUUGAAAUUGUUGUACAGAUAAAUGAACUAAACAGUUGUAAUACGGUUGUAUCAAUUAGUAUCGUGAAAUGAAGCACAAUGCAUCGUGUGAUGGUGGCCAUUAGAAGCAAUAAUUAUGUAUAUUGGCAUACUUACUGGUUUACGAACCAUAAAAUGUGCUCAUAAUAAAGGAUUUUGAGGAAUUCCGGUUAAAGUUUUAUGAAAAUAAAAAUGUAAACGGAUUGUUGUGUUGUUACAUGUGCUUGCGUGAUAGUGUCCAGUGUAAAUAUACUACUUAGUGAACGAUGGCUCAAAAUCAAGGAGAAGUUCCAGUAGGUACUCCGAGUCAACCCGUCAAAGAUAAGGAUAUAUAUGCUUGCUUGCCGGAGAUGCGAAUUGAUGGGCCGCUGGGACCCGACGAUCCUUGUCCAGGUGGUGAAGAUCUACGAUGGCUGCCUGCACAGGCUACGGACAGGGACCUUGUAAUGUACUUACGUGCCGCACGUUCAAUGGCAGCGUUUGCGGGAAUGUGUGAUGGUGGCUCUCCUGAUGACGGCUGCGUUGCCGCCAGUCGAGACGAUACGACUAUCAAUGCUCUUGACGUGCUGCACGACUCUGGCUACGAUCCUGGUCGAGCGUUACAAGCUCUCGUGAAAUGUCCGGUACCCAAAGGUAUUGAGAAAAAGUGGUCAGAAGACGAAACAAAACGUUUUGUUAAAGGGAUACGGCAAUUUGGCAAGAAUUUUUUCAAAAUUAGAAAAGACCUACUGCCUCAUAAAGACACUGCAGAACUUGUUGAAUUUUAUUAUCUCUGGAAAAAGACUCCGGGUGCUAGUAGUAAUAGACCUCACAGAAGAAGAAGACAAGCAUCAUUAAGGAGAGUCCGUAAUACAAGGAAUUCACGCGCAGGUACUCCCAAGGAACAAACGCCUGAAGUUGUACCUGCUUUGCCAGAGACAAAUGGUUCUAGACCGUCACCAAAUCCAAAGGAAGCCGGAGAAAUGAGUUCAGUCACUGAAGAUGAAAUUUCUGAAGAUGAUAGUGAUUCACGAGAUGCCGGUGAUUUAGCCAAGAGUGAAAAUGGUAGAAUUGUAGAAAACCCUGAUGACUCACCGAGCAGAAUGAGAACAAGAAAUAAAUCUAAAGAACAAACUACACCGAACGGUAAGAAAGCUCCGGAGGAAAGUGAUAUUGAACAAAAAGCAAAACCUAAACCAAAAGCUAUUGUUCAAAGCAAUAAUAACAAUAUUCCCGAUAAAGUAAUUUCUUCACCUGUAAGUAAAGAAGUUAAGAAAAAGGUGACAAAUGGAAAAGUUGAUGCAUCUAAAGUGAAGAAACGACUGCCAGAUGAUACGAAACCGGAUGGAAUUAUGGAUGGAGAUGUACAAAUGAAAAAGAAGAGAGCCGACCCUCCAGAAAGUCCUUCGGAGAGCCUAACUAAUGAUAGUUUCCCAGCCAUGGAUGAGACUGAAACUCAAGAACAAGAACCGGAAGCCUGUAACUUCAGUUUCAACAAAACAGAUAAAGAAAGUGUAGAACAAAAUAAAGAACCUGAAUCUGAGCAACAACAGUCAAAACCAAAUGAACAUCUUGAAGUUCAAGUUAAAGUAGAAGCAAACAAUGAACCACUCAUUAAAACUGAAAAAGACCUUAUAGCUCCUACAUUCAAACUGGCUACUGAUAAAGAUCAAAAGAAUGUUUUGGACUUAAAAACGGAUACCAAUGUGACUAAAAAUCCUGAAAAUGUGGACAUGAGACCACUAUCAAUGCAGAAUUCAGUAUUCCCCAAAACAGAAUUAAUAAUUCCUAAAGUGACACCAAUGACAGUUGAAGCCAUGGAAAAGAUAAAAAUCAAGGAAGAAAUAGACCCUGAAGAUCAAACUCUUAAUCUACACAAGGAUGAGUAUCAGAAAGACCCGUUAUCUCACAGUUACCCAGGACAUCCUAUGACUCAAGCCAAUAAACCUCUAAAUCUAGAAAAUACUAACUUUUUUGUGAAAGAUAGUCACAUAUACAAUCCUAAACUUGGGCAUGGUAUUAAAAUUGAAGGUGUCCCAAAUAUUUUCAACCCAAUGAAUAUAACAAAAGAAAGUACAAUAAUCAGGAAUUCAAAAGAGUAUUCUGCAAGUAUUCCUCCCUUUCCCUAUUCAUCAAAUCUUAGUUUUGGCAGUGAUCCUGGAAAACACAAUCCUCAUGGCAUCAAUCCAUUGAAAACUGUCAUAAAAUUGGAACCAAGAGAUGAAACAAGUGAAUUAAAGAGUCAAAACGCCCCUGAAAUUUUCACUGCUACAAUAUCAGCAGGAAAUAAGGUUGAUUCUCCAAACACACCAAGAUUGGAUUCCUUACAAAGGAUUAGUCCUUCACCAUCAAAUGUACAUGGUGCAUCACCACCACCCAUGGAACAUCCUACUGCCAUAGGAAAUACUGAACCCAUAUCACCUGCAAACUCACAAGAAAAAGAAUCAGAUACCGAUGAUAAGCAACCAACAGACUUGAAAACUCAACAUAUAUCAAAACCUGAAAAUCAAAGAGACAGCUUGAGGCCACCAGCUUUUGCUCAUCCAAUAAGACCUGACAAUUUGGGACUCAGAACAACUGAAGCUACCAUUGUGUCUGUUGCCGGACAGAACAUGCCUCCUCCACCUUUAAGUCAAGCUUCCAUAUCAGGAUUAUUGCACCCAGGUCCUUUGAUAACUGUAGGUAGUGGUGCAAAUGUUGGUCCGUAUGGAUUUAUGGCAACGUCUCUCUAUGGUCAUCCAGGGCAUCCUUCAUUAGAAAAACCAGGUUCAAUGCCACCUCUUAUGCAACAAAUUCCGCCUUCACAUGGUCAUCCUAGCAGUAAUUCUAUACAACAACAAUCUAAUCAAAAUGAUCCAUCUAUGCCACAAGAUUUGAAAAUUAAACAAGAAGUACCUGACAAUAUACCUGCCAAUUUAUCAACACACCCUUCAGAUCCGUUGCAAUCUCUGAAAGAAGUCAAAGUUCCAGGCUAUCCUAUAGGAAGUGCAAUUGCUCAACAUUUGAAUACGGAACGAGAUCGAGAAUCUGUUUCUAGUGUUGAAAACAGUAGUCGACCACCAAGUCAACCGACAAAUGAAAGUACAAAUAUGCCCAGUGGAUUCCUCGGUCCUCGAAUUGAAAGUAUAAAAAAGGAACCGGAAUUUUUACAUCAACCCCACAUUACUCCAGUAUCUACCUCCCAUGGACCACCUGAUUCUAUAAACACUAUAACUCCAGUAAAAAGUCCACAUACACCUACACCUAUCAAGAGUCAACCAAGUCAUAAUGGUACACCUCAUGGCUCUCAUCGAUCCACAACUUCACCAUUUUCGAGACAUCUGACAAGUCCAUCACAACCAAGGCAAAUAUCUGCUUCUCCAGUUCAACCUCAUACUCCAGUUUCUCAUUCUGCCUUAAACUUGAUGAAUCCUACGCCUAUUUCGAUAGCAGCAACGAUACCGGGACCUGUUAUGCACUCUGGACAACCUGGUCACCCACCUCCACAUCCGUUUGCGUCACCUCUGCAUCACCCCCCUCACCCUUUGCUUCAUCAUCCCUCAAUAUUUCAACUAUCUGCAGCAGCAGCGGCACACGCUAUGCAUCCUUACUAUCCACAUCCACACCCUGGAUAUUCAAUGCCUUAUCCUUAUCCCUACGGACCUCUGCCACAACCCCACCCGAUCCCUCCUAUGCACCCUGCAGUCAGCACGGCUGGGCGUCACGAUCCAGUAAAACCUUCAACAAUAGAAUCAACAACAAUGCUUAGUUCUCAUCACAGUACCAGUUCUUCAGUAACCACAAGAUCUCUCCGGGAGAUAUCGGAAAGUAGUGAAGACCCGAGAAACCCGAAUGCCACUACUGAAAGGCAGCUGCACGAAACGACAAUGACCCAUCAUCAUUCUACAAGCCACCACAGUGCAGUUCAUACAAGUACAGAGAAGCAACCAAGUCACGCAGGAGGAGGCACUAAUCAUACGUUAUCAAUAUCACAUUCGACUUCGAGUAGCUCCUCGCAGUCAAUACAACAUAAAAUUAACACUCAACAAAAAUCUGCGGGACAUUCAAGCUCACCUCACCAUUUAUCAGCAAGUGUUUCUCAGACCACUAGUUCAUCAUCAAGCGUGAAUGUCACCAACAACCAUACGCACCACCACUCCCACCAUCUUGCGCAUCAUCCGGAAAGGCUAUCUCCUGCGGACUCUAUGCUGCUCCGACAUCAUCCUAAAAUGCUACCCGGAAAUCCAAGCCAUCUCAUGAUUCCACCACCAUCAAUGGGACAUCCAAUGGGCUUGGGGCUUCCACCAGGGCCAGGUCCCAGUUCGAUAGAAAGUUUACGAUUACAUGCCCAAGCUGCAGCAGGACUGCCUCCGACUCACCAGAGAUCUGGAUCACCUCAUCAAAUGCCACACGGUCAUCCUCAUCUAAGAGGUCCGCCGCGUCAGAUUCCCGAUGAAAACCCUGAACUCAAACUUGAGACACAAUCACAACCGGAAGAAGAAGAAAUUCCAAGUCCGGCUCACAUUCCACACGGACCUAGCCCAGAGCCAAAAAUAGAAGAUACCGAAUGUCACAGAUCACAGUCUGCUAUAUUCCUCAGACAUUGGAAUCGCGGUGACUAUAAUUCUUGUGCGCGAACUGAUCUUACAUUCAAACCGGUACCUGAAUCAAAACUUGCUCGAAAACGAGAGGAAAGAUUGAGGAAACAAGCGGAACGUGAUAGAGAAGAAAGGGAGAAGAUAGCGCAGCAAGCACAUAGAAAAAUAGCGACGCCGGAGAAGCCGGACACGAAACCACCGUCACGCGGUGCCAUAGAGACGAUAUCAUCGCCAUACGACCGUUUCCCUAGACCUCCAGGCUACCCCGACACGCCUGCGUUGCGUCAGUUAUCUGAGUAUGCCCGACCUCACGCCGGCUUUAGCCCGGGCAAUCUGCCUCGUCACUGUAUGGACCAGAUGUUGCAGUAUCAACUGAGCUCAAUGUACGGCGCACCCGGGGCCCGUGAAAGAUUAGAACUCGAACACCUCGAAAGAGAGAAACGUGAUAGGGAAAUUCGAGAAUUACGCGAACGCGAGCUCAAUGAUCGGUUGAAGGAAGAACUACUCAAGAACAACGUAGGACCUCGAGCACUCGAUCCUCACUGGCUCGAGAUGCACCGGCGGUACGGAAUGCCGCCACCACCGCCCCAGGGUGCAAUCCCAGUGCAGUUCGGCCUAUAUCCUGGCGGACACGCACCCGGGGCGCUCUCUCAACUAGAACGCGAGCGACUCGAGCGCCUCGGCAUCCCUCCGUCGGGUCCCGGUCCCACAGGACCCGGUGGCGGUCCACACCACGGCCAUCACCCGCACCCCGUCGCCGCGGCUCAACUCGAAGCAGCCGAACGUCUCGCUCUAGCCGCUGACCCGAUGGUGCGAUUGCAGAUGGCCGGGAUAAAUCCAGAGUAUCACGCGCACACGCACGCGCACACUCAUGCACACUCUCACACGCACUUGCAUUUACAUCCGGGACAACAAGCGGCGGCGGCACAGCAGGAAGCGCUCGGCCUUGGACCGUAUCGGCCGCUACCUCACCCCGACCUGUUAGGCAGGCCGUAUGCUGAGCAGUUAGCGCAGCAGGCGGCGGCACACGAGCAGUUGCAGCGUCAACUGUUACUAGACCGGGAGCGGGGCUUCCUUCACCCCGCGCACCACGAAGACUUCCUGCGGCAGCAGCGCGAGCGCGAGCUCAAGGUACGCGCUCUGGAGGAGGCGGCGCGGGCCUCUCGCCCUUAGACCUGGUGUGUCCUCUACAAAAACUCACAAUGAGUGAUGUGUAGUGCAGUUGUAAUUAUUUAUAUUAAUAUAAUAAUGUAUUUGACACGGUCUUAACUUAUUCACUUAUUAUCUUCUGUGUUGCAUGGUCGUAUAAUAUGCUUAUUUUCCAUGCUCAAAUAUUGUUUCUUACCUACUAGUCAUAAUUAAACAUUAUUUUAAACGAGUUUAUGAGUUGGAAUUUAGGUCAACAAUACUUUGUAUUAAAUUAUUCAAUUUAUUAUGUAUAUUGUCUUUGAUGUUAGCAACUUCUUGUCGUUAUUUUGACGAAGGUGACCUUAAUGUAUAGAGAAUCACAAAAACAGAAGGCCUUCAGUCCACGACUUGAACUUGUGCUUCAUCGAUUACCUAAUAAGGGUGCUGGUGAGGGUUCUAGUGUUCGGACCACAUUAUGCUACUUUCUAUAUUAUUUUCAUGACAUAUUAGCGUAUGUUUAAAUAAGAGAUUUUAGUUUUAAGGUAGUUUGGACUGUGACUUGCCUUUCUAACCGAUUGCCUUUUUGACGUAGUGACUUGGCCCGUGUAACGCGAAACACAAAACGAUUAUUAAUUUGUAAAAAAAAAGGUGUAUGUAUGUAAUUACAUUAAAUAAAAAUCCAAACAGGUUUUCUUUAUAAAAAAAUAAUUGUAGUCGUACAUAUUGACAUAUCGAUUACAAGUUAUUUGUGAGUAAAUAAAAUUGCAACAUCACAAAUCGAUCGGCUUGUUACUUAGAAUGUACCGAUCGACUUUUGUUGAACGUUUGCGUAGAGAUAGCGGUGCGACGAACAAUUUAGUUUAUAAUGUGAUUUCGUUUGGAGUUUAUAUUAGCCGACUAUAGGUUACCGCUGUUAUUGCUCCUUGAGGAAAUAAUUCCAGUUUUAUGUAAUGAGCUAAAAUAAACGUCCGCCAAUGAGGACUCUACGACUGAAGCGAUCGGAAUUACAACGCAUACAUUGUUUAUUUACGUUCAACAUUACUUUUAUCGCUUUCACGAUGCUCUCGCACAGCUAACUCUACGUUACUGUUCUUAAGGUCUGUAUUCUAUUAACACGUGUAACUGCAGGCACAAAUUAGUUUUACAACGUGUCAAACGUACGGUCAUGGCGUCGCAGCAGAAUGCCAGAUGUUAAAAUUUCAACAUUUCAAUUUUCAUUGUACAGUCUUCAAUAAAUAAGCAAUAAAGUGUUCAAAUUGUACAGUAAGUAUAGGUUCGUGGUUGUAUUCUGCAAGUACCUUUCGAAAGCUUUGAACAGAUAUAUUAGCUUUAUUGAGGGAAUUUCAUAUGACAAUUCUUUAAUAGUUUAAAUACGAAAAGAGAAUGGUAACUAACUAUAAAUAAAUAGUUUGCUAAGAUAAUGUUAGUGAAAUUGAAUAAUACAUCUCUUACUUUUUUUAUAUUGUCUCAGUAAUAAUGAGAUAUAAAAUGUGCGGUAGAUUUGUUAAUCAAUAGAAUCGGAUUUUAAUGUUCUUGUACAAUAUAACAAUAAAUGCUAUCCAUUGUUUUUGUAAUAAAUCUGUUUUUUUUUUUUUUCAAUUCUGACAAAUAAUCGACAUUAAUAAAAGUAAUAUUAUAUAUACCUAAUUAAGAGUUCUAAAUAUUGUUAAAAACUAAUGUAAACAACAGCCUUAUUACUUAUAAGAAACAGAAAUAUUGAUGGAAUACAUACAUCAUAUUAAUAAAUAAAUAAAUUACUUUCUAUAGCUGAAACGUUCUUUCAACUUUGUUAAAUGUACAAGAGCAUGGAGGGAUAAUACAUUUUAAAGUCAAUAAAGUGAUAAUUUUUUUUUUUUUAGAUACUGUAAUAACGGUAAAUGAUUUUGAGAUUUGAACAUUAUCAUUCAAGCGUUUUUGUAAUGUCAAAGUCAGUUGAUAUAAAACCUCUUAAUGUUACAAUUAAACUAUUCUUAUAAGAUUGUGUUGUUACGCCCAAAAUAUAAACACGUUCAAUGAUUAAAAUGCACUAUAAUGUAACAUAAUUUUAUUACUUAACAAAUAGACAAUUAGAGUUGAAAAGAUGUUAUAGAUUAUUCUAGAAUUAAAGUUUUACAAUGUCGCUUCGUAGGUGUUAUGCUGUAAUGCCAUACUUACAAAUUCUGAUGUUUAAAAAGAAAAAUGAGGAAAGAGAAAA